UCUUUUAUUAAUCCAGCUUUUAUUAAUCCAGCUAAAUUUGCAAUUAGUGAAAAAGUCUAGUUAAUUUGUAAACAUUAAAAAAUUAUUCUGUUUUUUUAAAUGAAACAUUCAAACCUUCGUUUUCGUCUUUACAGUAUCGGAAACGUAAAUGAGUGAGACGUCACGUGAAUUAGAAAUGAGAGGAUAUUAUUUAUGAAGCAUAUUCUUUACAUACAGAAAAAAAAAAUCUUUUAUAUCAGUGUGAAGAAAACCAUUUCACACACAAACCCACAUGGAACAGGAAGUUACCCCAAACACAGUAUUUAAAAAACAAAACAAAAACCAGAUAUUGUACAAGAAUAAUUUGUUUGUUUACUCCCCGUGUGUCCACAUCUGAUUUAUCUGUCUUUAGUGGAGCAUUAAAAACUAUUUAAUCACUUUAAGGUGUAAGGUAGCUGAAAUGAAAUGAGAGUUAACUUUUGAACUUUUGAACAGCCAUUAUAAUAAAGUGAGGUGGAGGUGAUAGGUACGGAAAGAAGGUGGGCUUGACUGAGUAAAUACCCCCCUCAGGGCUUUAACAAACUCUCGGUGUCAAUCUGUUUCAAUAAUCCUCCUUGAUGAAGAGGUGGAACGUCUUCAAGGAACUAAACCAGUUGAGUUGUAACUGCCUCAGAUCUGUUAAUUGCACAUGUGGAAUGUGACACCUUGACAGACAGUAAUUCUACUAUAACCACACCUUAUUGCCGGGUAACAUCAAAGCUCAGUGUCCCCUUGGAAUUCACAAGGCUGGAGGUUUGAUGGCGCCAGUAAACAGUUCAAUUCGGUGUCUGUAGUGUAACGUUCAAAAACGGAGCAGAGCAGCUGCCGUUGUAGCACUCUGUCUCAGAGAGUGAAGGUCGUGACCUUCAAGGUGAGAGUACAGGAUGUUCUGUCGGGUCUUCUGGCUUCUCAUCCUUGUCAACAAUAGUUUCUAAAUGACUCACUGUAGCAGUAACACAGUUAGCACGUGUGAAGGAUAAUAGCUCAGAAUUGAGCAAAAAGUCCAAUUAAACCCCCCUGUCCUGCAGCGAGCACGUGGUGAAGGGAUCUCUAAUACACCCCAGUACUGCGCACAUUCUCGACAUACUGCACUAAAUGAUAGCAGUAACCUUUUUUUACACAGUCGCAGGACUUGCUGGACUGCUGUGUGUGUGUGUGUGUGUGUGUGUGCGUGGGUGCACUGAUGUUACUCAGCGUGGAACCGAGCAGAACGACAGACAUGGAGAACAAAGUGGAGAAGAGAGAACAAUGGAGAAAGAAGAGGGAAUAUAUCUUAGCCUCAGCGGGAAACGUGGUGGGUUUUGGCAACGUGUGGAGAUUUCCUUACCUGUGCUAUAAGAACGGAGGAGGCGUCUUCCUCGUGCCGUACCUUUUCUUUGCCAUAAUGUUGGGUAUUCCCAUGUUCCUGCUGGAAACUCUGAUUGGCCAGUACACACAGGAGGGCGCCAUCUCCUGCUGGACCAAGAUAUGUCCUCUAGCCAAAGGAACAGGCUACGCCAUCAUUGUGAUCCAGCUGUACUCCAGGAUCUACAUCAUGAUCUUGGCCUGGUCCCUCCUUUAUCUGCUCUACUGUUUCAGGAGCACUCUACCGUGGGCCUCCUGUGACAACCCCUGGAACACAGACAGAUGUUUCGACCUCAGCCCUGCAAACUGGACAGAAAUACACGCUAGUAACCAGACCUUCAACCUGACGUCUGUACCACUCACCAGGUCUUCAGCCUCAGAGUUCUGGGAGAGAGGGGUUCUGUCCAUGUCCUCAGGGAUACAUGAGCUCGGGUCAGUCAACUGGCAGCUGCUGCUAUGUCUGCUGGCCUCCUGGACCGCCUGUUACUUCUGCGUCUGGAAAGGCGUUCGCUCCACAGGGAAGGCGGUGUACGUCACCGCGGUGUUUCCUUACAUCAUGCUGGCCAUCCUGCUGAUCAGAGGGUUGACGCUGCCAGGAGCCUGGCAGGGCGUAGUCUUCUACCUGUAUCCAGAUCCUUCUCGCCUGGCCGACGUUACGGUGUGGAUGGAAGCCUGUGCCCAGGUCGUCUUCUCCUAUGGCAUUGCUUCAGGGACUUUAAUCACGAUGGGCAGCUACAACAAAUUCAAAAACAACUGUUACAAGGAUAGCCUGUGGUUGUGUGCACUCAACAGUGGGACCAGCUUCGUCGCCGGCUUCGCCGUCUUCUCAACCCUGGGUUUCAUGGCGAAGACCCAGGGAAUCCCCAUCAACAUGGUGGUCGACUCAGGACCAGGCCUGGCCUUCAUUGCCUUUCCUCAGGCUGUGGCCAUGAUGCCUGUGCCUCAGUUGUGGGCUGUCUGCUUCUUCAUCAUGCUCAUUAUGUUGGGCCUGGAUACAGUGUUUUCAGGUUUGGAGACGAUAACGUCGGCGGUGAUCGACUUGUUCCCGGGAAUACUGCGCCGACCCGGACGCAGAGAAAUUUUCCUCGUCAUCUUCUGCUCUCUGUUCUUCCUCAUACAGAUCGUUUUCACAUGUCAGGGUGGAGUCUAUCACUUCCAGCUGAUUGACUACUACGGUGCCAAUGGAGCCUGUAUUUUAUUUGUGUCUCUGGUUCAGUGUGUGGCUGCUGGGUGGGCUUUUGGCUCCGACAGGCUGUGUGACGCCCUGGCAGAGAUGACGGGUCAGAGGCCGUUUGUCCUGUUCAGACUGUGCUGGCGUUUCAUCACUCCCAUCAUCUGCCUGGUUUGUUUCAUCUGCUUUUUCCUGGACUCUCAGACCUUGAAAAUUGGUGACUACUUGUACCCACAGUGGGCGUACUAUGCGGGCUGGGCUAUGGCUCUCUCCUCUCCAAUACUCAUACCCAUCUGGGCUGUGACCAAGAUCUGCCUCACUGAAGGCUCCAUCAGACAGCGUCUGUCCAACCUGUGGCGUCCACCUGCAGACUCAGCCGAUCCUGCGAGGGAUGACCUGGAGAUCCAGGUGAAAUCAACGUCAUUUCCUGACUCAGCUAACAUCCUGUUGGACCCCUACCACAAGACAACAGUGUGAAAUGCAUUUUACGGUAUAUAUUCUCUUAUUUGUUGGCAGCAGAGUUUUUAUUUUUUUAGAUUUUUCUACUUUACAUCAAAUGUGGUCGUUGGUUUGAUUAUUUUUCAUUUAUUUUCAUUGGGGUUGGGCAUAAAAGAGAUUAAACUCCAAUUUAUUUUUUUCAAAUGUGGUUUUAUUCUGGGAAGUGUUCUGGGAGGAAUCUGAAUGACCGGGAGGGAAAGGAACAAGAUAUAAAGCAGUUUAAAACCAGGGGAAAUGAGAGAAGAGGCCGGUGGAUUUGGAGGUCAAGGGUUAAAUCCUGGGUGUGUGCUCCUGGGUAGAAGAGAGGAGGAAAAAUGGGAAUCCACAUAUGUUUUUGGUUUGCAUUAAAGCUUGGGUGUAGGUAACUCGUAAUGAACUAUCAGUGGGCGGAGCUACGGCUGUGUAGGUUGUGAGUGAGUCGAACGAAACCGUAUCCUAUUUCACAGUUAAUUCAACUCUAAACAGGAAUUUCUGGUAAACGAACCAAAUCCUGUCUAUAAUGGUUGUUCACACCAGAAAGUAAAUAAACCUUUUGGAAGUAUUUGAUUUUAACUCUUUUCAAAGCCUUUUUUUUUAGUUUUUAUUGCCGUCAGUUGCCACCUAAUAGUUCUGUCUGCUGCAGAAUAGAAAAAAAGAAGAUGUGAAAUAAAUCAAAGUUUCUACGUCAACUAAAUGUAACUGGGUAAUUCUCCAUUGUCCAUCUGUCGAUCUCUCACGCCACACAAAUGUGAAAGAUUUUUCCCAAGAUUUUUUCCUAAAAAGGAUUUGGAGUUGGAAUGGAAAACGGGCAAGAAGUGAGAUGUAAACAGACGGUGGGAGGAGAUGAGAGUUGGUUUGACAAAGAGCAGACGCAGCAUUUGUUUGCUCUCUAUAAGGACUGGCUUCAGCUUCAGUUUACAACACACUGUGUGUGACUCUGCAGCGCUGCACAAAACACAUUCACCUCUACGGAGUGUGAGUGUGUUUGUGUGUGUGUGAGAGAGAGAGUGUAUCCAAC